AUGCCACCCUUCACCUCCUCUAGGACAGCCCUAAGGGCGGGCUCACGAGCACUACUAGCCCGCCGGUGCAUCCAACCCCAAACCGCAUCACCCCUCGCCAUCUUCUCCCGCAGCCUCCACCAAACAAGAACCCUACAGCAGCAGCAGGGCCGCAACACCACCACCAAACCCACCGGCAGCACGCUCCUGCCCGAAUUCAGCCUGCGCGACCGGGUGGUGAUCGUGUCGGGUGGGGCGCGCGGGGUGGGGCUGACGCAGGCGGAGGCGCUGCUGGAGGCCGGGGCGGUGGUGCACGCGCUGGACCGGCUGCCGACGCCGACGGGCGACAGCGACUUUGCGCGGGUGGCGGGGCGCGCCGCCGCCGAGCUGGGCACGCGCAUGCGGUACCACCGCGUCGACGUGCGCGACCAGGCCGCCCUGGGCGAUGUGGUGGGUGCCAUUGCCGAGGAGGAGGGCCGCGUCGACGGGUUGAUUGCCGCUGCGGGGAUCCAGCAGGAGACGCCUGCGUUGGAGUAUACUGCCGAGGAUGCGGAUCGGAUGUUGGGGGUGAAUGUCACGGGCGUGUUUAUGACGGCGCAGGCGGUUGCGCGCGAGAUGAUCAAGCGCAAGCAGAAGGGCAGUUUGGUGCUGAUUGGGAGUAUGAGUGGGACUGUAGCGAAUAGGGGGCUGAUUUGCCCGGCGUACAACGCAUCCAAGGCGGCCGUUCUGCAGCUCGCCCGCAACCUGGCCUCGGAAUGGGGCGAGCACGGCAUCCGCGUCAACACCAUCUCGCCGGGGUACAUCGUCACCGCCAUGACCGCCUCCCUGUUUGACGCCGUGCCCGAGCGCCGGACGGCCUGGCCCGAUGCCAACAUGCUCAAGCGGCUGAGUUACCCGGAGGAGUACCGAGGCGCGGCUGUGUUCCUGCUCAGCGACGCCAGCAGCUUCAUGACCGGGGCUGAUUUGAGGAUUGACGGCGGCCAUUGCGCGUGGUAA